AGAGAGAGAAGAUGGCGCGCGUUUAGAGAGAGAAAGAGAGGGUGAGAGAGAGUUGGGGGUAACGACAGGAAUUCUUAUCUAUACUCACUCUGCUCGGAAACACAAAAUAGAAGUGGAAAAUCUUACUGAAGUUUCAAUUGCUGCCUCUCUCACUUGAAGUUGGCGCUCAGAGGAUCAUCUCUCCACCAAAAAUGGCCACUUUUAUCUCCCUCGCCUCCAUUAGUGCCUGCAAAUGCCCUUGCAAACAAGAAACUGUGAAUGGAUUGGAGAAUCAAAAGUUGCAUCUGAUUGAUCGCGCGAAUUCCUCUGUUAUAAAGCUGAACUCAAGCCCUAAGCUCCAUAAGCGUCUAUCGGUUCAGGCAAAGGCUGCUGAGAGUAGCAAACCAAGUUCUUGGCCUGCUGAUAAUAGCACCCCACGAACAAAGCCCAAUAGCAUCGUUUGUAUUGAUUGUGAUGGAAAUGGUAUAAAACUCUGCACUCAAUGCGAAGGAAGUGGUAUAAACUCUGUUGACCACUUCAAUGGUCGGUUCAAGGCAGGCGGAUUAUGUUGGCUUUGCAGGGGUAAGAGGGAGAUUCUUUGUGGGAACUGCAAUGGUGCGGGCUUUAUUGGUGGUUUCAUGAGCACACGAGAUGACUAGAAGUUGGAACUCCUUACUUGUGAUAUAAUUCUUUCCUGAAUUACAAGUCACUGUCUCUAAGAUGACAGUUAGAUGCUGAGAUGCUUGUGUUUAGAGUUCUUGCGAAGUUUUUGAAGUCAAUGCAUUUAUGGUUUUCCGAGACGAGAUUAAAACUUAAGAUCUAGUAGCUUAGUUUAUAACUCUCUCUCUCUCUCUCUCUCUCUCUCUCUUCGUGCGCCCUCGCGCGAUCACUUUUUUGUCAGAUAUUCUAUGUAUUGCACUGUUUUGAAUGAAAGUGAAUAAUUUUGUAAAUUAUUGGGA